AAAAAAUCGUCACUUUUGUUUGUCGUUCAAAAUCGAACUGUGUGUAUUUGUCUUGAAGUCUCUUCAUUUAAUUUCUUAGCUUUCUCGUUAUUGAAAAAUUUAAAAAAAAAAGAAAAAAGAAAGACACAUCCACUCUUCUUUGUUUUGAAGUCUCUUCCAUUAAUUUCUUAGCUUUUUCCUUAUCUAAGAAACAGUCGUAAGCUUUCUGUAUUUCUAUUGGCAAUUCCUUUAUAUGCCAUUCACUCUUGCAUCUGAAUCUGCAAUUCCUCAAAUCUCUGCUCUCUCUCUCUCCAUCUGCAAUUGAUCCCUAAUUACCCUCUCAAUCUGUUGUUUUUGCUCUCUUUUUUGGGUCAGUUUGAAUCAGAGUUGGUGUGUUGGGGAUUUGAGAAAAUUCACUUACUAGAUCCUUCAGGUCCAUCAGCUACAAGAGGUACUUCUUAAAUUCUCUCUCUCUAAUUUCUUCAACAGUAAUCAUAGCUAGCUCUAUGUAUAUCUAUUUCUUUAAUUUUUCUCUCUUUAUUUGCAAUCCCUCAAUCUUUGUUUUAUCCUUCUCUCUCAGUCUCAUCCAUCUACCGAAUCUUCUUCACUUUAUGUUGAUCUAUUUUAUUUCUCUUGGGUCUGUCUAGUUUACUACUGCUUCCAUUUUGUCUCCGAAACAAAAAAAAAAAAAAAAACACAUCCACUCUUGCAUGUUUUGAAGUCUCUUCCAUUAAUUUCUUAGUUUUUUCCUUAUCUAAGAAACAGUCGUAAGCUUUCUGUAUUUUUAUUGGCAAUUCCUUUAUAUUCUGUAUUGCAUCAUCUCCUUAGAAAAAGAAACAAAUUGAAAAUUGCUUGUGAAUUCAAAAUGGCCGACAAUAUUGCUAGUACUAUUGUGGGAACGAUGUUGGAGCCGAUCAGAGACAGCUUGUACAAAAUCAUCAGGCGUCAAUUUGGUUAUUUGUUCCACUACAAGGAAAACAUUAAAGAUUUCGAAGAUGAAGUUAAUAAACUCAGAGACGCAAUGACAAGUGUCCAAACAAGGGUGGAUGCAGCAUUGAACAAUGCUGAAGUCGUUGAGGAUAAUGUUUCGAGGUGGCUGACCGAAGUGCAGAGCUCAUUGCCCACGAUGGAAGAAGACAGGAACAGAUUACAGCAAGGCACAGAAAAUCUCAAGUGUAUUGAUGUAUGCUCGCGGUACCGGUUGGGUAAGGAAGGAAAAAAGAAGCAGCCUCAUGUUACCAAGCUUAUAGAGGCUGGCAAUUUUGACUCGGUUGGACACCGACCUCCUCUCACUGGUAUUUGGCACAAAACAUACAGCGUAAACUAUGAGAAUUUUCAAUCCAGGGAGUUGGUUUUUGAGAAGAUCAUGAAGGCACUUAAAGAUGAUCGGAAUUACAAGAUUGGGAUACAUGGAAUCCCAGGUGUUGGAAAAACAAGGAUGAUGAAGGAAGUUGCCCAACAAGCUGAAAAAGAUCAGCUUUUUGAUGAGAUUGGUGCGAUAGUUUUCACCCAGAAUCCAAAUCUGAAAGAAAUUCAACAGAAACUUGCAGAUUGUAUGAAUUUAAUAUUUGAUAAAGAAUCUGAAGAAGCGAAGAAGGGCCUGCUACUCAAUAGAUUGAAAGGUGGUAAGAAGAUCCUUGUAAUGGUCGAUGAUAUUUGGAAUGAUAAAAUUAAGUUGGAGGACAUAGGAUUUCCAGCUACCAAUGAUCAUGCCAAGGGUUGCAAAAUUUUAUUCACCUCUCGGCAUCAAGAUGUGUGUAAAGAUAUGGGGGUUCCUGAAAAUGAAAACUUUCAAAUUGGACUCUUAUCGGAAGAUGAAGCAUGGUCACUAUUCGAGAAAAAGGUGGGAGAUUCUAUCAAACCUCAUGAAAUGCAUCUUGUAGCGGAAGCGGUGUGUAAAGAAUGUGCAUGUUUGCCCUUGGCAAUACUUACAGUUGGAGGAGCAUUAAAGGAUAAGAGUAAGCAUAUAUGGGAAGAUGCACUUGAACAAUUGAGAAAUUCCACGGGAGAGAACAUUGAAGGAAUGGAAGCAAAACUCUAUUCACGCAUAGAGUUAAGCUACAAGUAUCUGGAGCUAGUUGAUGCGAAGUCAAUUUUUUUGCUUUGUUGUUUGUUCGGAGAAGAUACUGAGAUUUCUAUUGAUGACUUGGUGAGCUAUGGAUUUGGAAUGAGGCUUCUCGAAGGCGUGGAUACAAUGAAAACAGCUAGGAAUAGAGCUUAUGUAAUCGUCGAUAUGCUCAAGAGAUAUUCUCUGCUAUUAGAAGGUAGAAGCCAAAACUUUCUGAAAAUGCACGAUGUCAUUCGAGAUGUGGCUAUGUCAAUUUCAUCAAAAGAAGAUGUCAUGUAUCUAGUGAAAGUAGGUGUGGAAAAGUGGCCGGAGGAGGAUGAAGGUAAAAGAUGCAGAGGAAUCUCAUUAAGGUUCAACAAGGAUUUUGUACUUCCCGUUGAUUCAGAAUGUCCGGAACUACGCACGUUAAUGCUGGAAAGCGUAAGUGGUUUGUUAGAAGUUCCGAGUAGCUUUCUUGAAGGGAUGAAGAAGCUUGAAGUUUUACAUUUGUGUGGCAUGUGCAUCUCAACAGUACCAAUAUCAUCACUUCAAAAUCUUCGGAUGUUACGGCUGUACAAUUGCAAAUGGGUGAACCUAGCUUUUCUGAAGGAGUUACAAAAACUUGAGAUACUAAGCAUUCAAGUUUUUUUUGGAUGGGAUGAAUUGACUCUGGAUAUAGGACAGUUGUCUAGUUUGCGCUCGUUGAAUGUGAGAGGCUUUAACAACCUCAAAAUCCAUCCAGGUGUCAUCUCAAGUCUAUCCCAGCUUGAGGAAUUUCACAUUCGAGACUUUGACAAAUGGGAGAUUGAAGGCAAUGCAAGCCUGGUUGAACUAAAUUCAUUGACUCGCUUAAUCAGUUUACAAGUUAAAGUGCCAAAUGCCAAGUUACUGCCCAUCAAUGACCUCCUGUCUAAAUCAUUAAUCAGAUUUCAAAUAUCCAUUGGCCAGGUAAUACACUUUAUUGCUUUUGACCGCACUUCAUCUAGAAAAAUUUCGGCAACUGCAACAAAGAUAUUGAAACUAAAGGGAAUUCCUUUGAAGAGGGAGCUUCACAUUUUGAUGGAGAAAGCUGAAGUGCUAUGCUUAGAAGAAUUGGAAAUUAUAAAGAAUGUGAGUCAGGACAGAGAUGGCGAGGGGUUUCUAGACUUGAAGUAUCUUGGAGUUAAGGAUUGUAAGGGGAUAGAAUAUUUAUUUGGCAGACCAAAUUGGAAUUCACAGACCAUCGGAUCACGCGUGUCUUGUUCUUUUGGUAAAUUAAGUAUUUUGGAAGUAAUAAACUGUCAGGUCGAGAUAUCUCUUCUCCGCAGCCACAGCAAGAGGCCUUCUGCAACUCCAAGAAUUAAGUAUAAGUAAGAGUGAAAUCUUGGAAGAAAUAGUUGGAGAUGACAAUGAAAUCAUGGAUACAAUUACUUUUCAUAAAUUAAAGAAAAUGGAGUUGAGGGAUCUAUCAACACUGACAAGCUUCAAUUGCAAGACGUCAGCUGAAUUUUAUACAUCCGGCCUUGCACAACUGUUUAAUGAUAAGGUUAGGUUCCCAGCCUUGGAGGAAUUGGAGAUUAUAAAUUUGUACAGACUCACGGCCAUAUGGGACAAUCAAUUAUUCCUAAGCCAAGAAACAGAAGAU